AUUUUAUCAAUCCGAAGCAAAUGGAAUCCAAAAAGAUCAUAGCAGUAUUUGAUGUAGAUGGCACCCUCACACCUGCUAGGAAGGCAAUGGAGCAGAACAUGGUCGAGACUAUCGAGAAGGUAAAGGAAGCGGGCAUUUCAGUCGCUGUUGUCAGUGGAUCUGACUACAAAAAGAUUGCUGAGCAGAUAGGUGAGGAUUUUAUCAACCAAAUGGAGCACUCCUUCUUUGAAAAUGGGUGUGUCUACCUUCAAAGCGGUAAAGAACAUACCUCUACAAGCAUCAGAGAUGAAUUAGGUGAGGAAAAGAUCAAGAAGAUAGUAAACUUCGUCUUGAGAUAUGUCGCUGACUUAGAUAUUCCAAUCAAGAGAGGAACCUUUGUUGAAUACAGAACUGGUCUCCUCAAUGUAUCUCCUAUUGGAAGAAACUGUAGCUACGAUGAAAGAACUGAUUUCUUUGAGUACGAUAAAGAGCAGAAAAUCAGGCCAGCCAUGGUAGAAGCAAUGAAAGAAGAGUUUAAAGAUUUCAACUUGACAUUCUCGAUCGGUGGACAAAUUAGUAUUGAUGUAUUCCCAAAUGGCUGGGAUAAGAGAUUCUGUCUUAAAUAUCUUACAGAUCACUAUGAUGAGAUUCACUUCUUUGGAGACAGAACAGAGAAAGGAGGGAAUGAUCAUGAAAUCUACGAGGACGAGAGGACUAUUGGGCAUUCAGUAACAGAUCCAGAAGACUGCAUUAAACAGCUCACUGAGUUAUUUUUGAAAUAA